GUAGGGCUCCCUGCGGCAGUAUUGUGUUAGUGUUCACCCGACGACAUGGCUAAAAUAACCUUAAUUUCCUUAGCGCUUCUGCUCCUCGCCGCUGCUGCUUUAUCAGCGCCAGCAGAACCCAAAGAUGUAGAGUUGAUUAAGGAAAAAGAAGACCUCGCACCAUCUGAAAAGGAUGACCUUAAAACAGCUGCCUCCCACUGGGGUGGACACUACGGCGGCUACGGAGGAUGGGGUGGAUACGGCCAUUACGGUGGAUACUACCCCUAUUAUGGUAGUUAUUGGGGCUGGCCCCACAGUUACGGAUACUGGCCUUAUGGAGGAUAUUAUGGCCAUCAUGGUUACUGGUGGUAGUGAUUUAGAUUAAAUGAAAAAUGCCAGUACUUACGAUAUAUUUAUGAAGACUAUUUCUAGCAAUUAUGAAAUAUAUGAAAAAAGAAUUAAUAUGGAAAAUAAUAUAAAAUUUAUCGCAGUUAGAGAACAAUAGAGUACGUGGAUAAAAUUAAUUUAGUAUGAAAUUUAAGGGUAUUAAACACUGAAGUUCUAUAUCUUUGCUUUUAUUAUAUUGAUGGAAUGUCUAUCGAUUUCGUUACAGUAUAUAUUUUCAAUGUCUCAAUAUUACAUUAAUAUUUUGCACUACGAUAUUUACUGCUACAACAAAAAAUAUUUAGAAUAGUUAAAUAAUAAAUUUUAUGUAAAUAUGAUACCACCUGAAAAUAAUAAUGAACGAAGCUAUGCUGAUUCUUGAUUACUCAUUGUAUAUUUUUACAAUAAUUAUUACCUUUUUAUUACUUUUCAUAAUUAUACAUGAAUUAUAUGUAUGUACCUAAUUACCUACCUAUUCAUCAAUGAUGUCAAUUUUUAAUUGCGGCAAAAUAAAUAUGAUGUAUUUUAAAUGCAUAUGAUUGUACUUUUAUAUGAUAUCAUCUUAAAAAAAGUUAUUUUAAACUUGCCUUUAUGUAAACUUUUGUGUAAUUAAGUAAAUAAUUUUAGAAAAAUGUAUUUAUUAAUAUAAGUUAUGAAUUAA